UAUGGGAUGUAGUCCUGGAUUAAUAAUCCCAUCUGAUGACACCAUCGUCCGUCAUUAUUGAUAUUCCCCUCAUCCCCUCAUCGCCUUCACUGCCACCUCUCUUCAAACUCCAUAGCAACCAUCCCAGCUUAUCAAUUCACUCUCAAUUGCGAAUCUACUCACCCCCAUCAUGCCUGUCCCCGAUGCCGAUAUUCACCCCGAGGCCACCGGCCCCGCCAAAGCUCUUGUAGCCCACCAUCAAGCCGAGCAACCCUUGAAAUUCUACGCCGGCUGGUUCUGUCCCUUCGUGCAACGUGUCUGGCUCGCCCUCGAGGAGAAACAAAUUCCCUACCAGUACAUCGAAGUGAACCCCUACCACAAACAACCCUCCUUCCUGGCCCUCAACCCGCGCGGCCUCGUCCCGACCAUCACCAGUCCCAGCCCGGACGCCUCCUCCUCCUCCUCCGCACGACCCCUCUACGAAUCCACCGUCAUCCUCGAAUACCUUGAAGAAGCCUACCCGACACACGGCCCCGCCCUGCUUCCCACGGACCCGUACCUACGUGCUCGCGCCCGCAUCUGGAUUGACUACGUCACGUCGAGGAUCAUCCCCGCCUUCCACCGGUUCUUGCAGCACCAGCCCUCUAGCUCCGACUCCGCGGCGGGAGACACGGCGCGGGGUGGGGAGCUCCAGACCCUGCGCGAGGAGUUUCUCAACACACUGAAGGAGUUCGCGCGCGAGCUGCAUCCGCAGGGCCCGUAUUUCUCCGGGCAGGACUUCGGACUCGUGGAUGUGGUGCUCGCGCCGUGGGCGAUCCGGUUGUGGGUGUUUGAUGAAUUCAAGGCGGGGCUGGGGAUUCCGGCACCGGGCCAGGGAGGGGCGGAUGAGGCCGUCUGGGAUCGGUGGAGGAGGUGGGUGGCGGCUGUGGAGGGACGGAGGAGUGUGAGGCAGACGCUGAGUGAGCGUGAGUAUUAUUUGCCGAUUUAUCAAAGGUAUGCGGAGGAUAAGGCGCAGAGUGAAUUGGCGAGGGCUGUACGAAAGGGGAGAGGGGUUCCCUGAGUUACGAGGGGGGGAUGAGUUUUUAUCACACUGAUGGGGUUUAGUGAGCAGGAUGAUACUUAAUUUUGAGGCUUAGAUUGGUGAGG